CUGACAGCCCGUCACAACACUGAGGCCCUCUCCAGCCAUCUGUCCGGGUCAUCCAACAGCAACUUCAUCCUGGCCAACGCACAGGUGUUGAAGGGGUUUCCCAUCGUGUACUGCUCUGAUGGGUUCUGUGAGCUCACGGGCUUCUCCCGGACAGAGGUCAUGCAGAAGAGUUGUGCCUGUAAGUUCCUCUACGGGCCUGAGACCAGUGAAAGCAUCAUCCUCAGCAUUGAUAAGGCUCUGGAGGAGCGCAAAGAGUUUAAAGAUGAGAUCAUGUUCUACACAAAGACAGCUGUGUUGUUCUGGUGCCUGCUGGACAUUGUUCCAAUUAAGAAUGAGAAAGGGGAUGUGGUGCUCUUUCUGGCUUCGUUUAAAGACAUCACUGACACUAAAUCCAAACCUAUUCAAGAGGACAAGAAGGAAGAGCGGUGGCGCGGCAGGGUGAAAACAGGACCUCCUUUGAGCAAGGCCCGUCUGCGGAGCAGCACUGUGCUCUACCACAUCUCUGGUCACCUCCACAGCCGGGAGAAGAGCAAGAUAAAACUCAACAAGAACGUGUUUGGGACCCUUCCCGCUCUGCCAGAAUACAAGGUAGCAGAUGCCAAGAAGUCCAAAUUCAUCCUCCUUCACUACAGCACGUUCAAGGCAGGCUGGGACUGGCUGAUUCUGCUGGCGACGUUCUACGUGGCCGUGACGGUGCCCUAUAACGUGUGCUUCAUCGGCGAUAACUAUGACCUGACCCGCAGCACCACCGUGAGCGACAUUGGAGUAGAGAUACUCUUCAUAAUAGACAUCAGUUUUAAUUUCCGCACCACGUACGUCAGCAAGUCGGGCCAGGUGAUCUUUGACGCCCGACAGAUAUGCAUCCAUUACCUGACCACCUGGUUCAUCAUCGACCUGGUGGCUGCGCUGCCGUUCGACCUGCUGUAUGCCGUCAAAGUCAGCGUGGUGGUGCAUCUGUUAAAAACUGUGCGUCUGCUACGUUUGGUGAGUCUCCUCCAAAAGAUGGACCGCUACUCACAGCACAGCACAGUGGUGCUGACCCUGCUCAUGUCCAUGUUUGCUCUUCUGGCCCACUGGCUGGCUUGCAUCUGGUAUAUUAUUGGCAAGAUGGAGAUUGAGGCCAGUGACGACAAUUGGGAAAUCGGAUGGCUCCAUGAGUUGGGGAAGCGUCUGGAGAUGCCGUACUACACCUCAGGAAAUGUUAACGGCACUGUCGGGGGCCCCGCCAUCCGCAGCAUCUACAUCGCUUCGCUCUACUUUACCCUCAGCAGCCUCACCAGCGUGGGCUUUGGGAACGUGUGUGCCAACACGGACUCUGAGAAGAUCUUCUCAGUUUGCAUCAUGCUCAUAGGAGCCCUGAUGUAUGCCUUGGUUUUUGGAAAUGUGACAGCCAUCAUCCAGAGGAUGUAUUCCCGCUGGUCCCAGUACCACACCAGGACUAAAGACCUCAAGGACUUCAUCCGCAUCCAUCACCUGCCGCAGAGCCUCAAGCAGCGGGUGCUGGAAUACUAUCAGACAACUUGGUCGGUCAACAACGGCAUUGACUGCAACGAGCUACUGAAAGGUUUUCCAGACGAGCUACGGUCCGACAUCACCAUGCAUCUUAACAAGGAGAUCCUGGAGCUGUCGUUGUUUGCCUCUGCCAGUCGUGGCUGCCUGCGCUCCCUGUCACUGCACAUCAAGACCUCGUUCUGUGCCCCUGGAGAGUACCUCCUCCGACAGGGCGACGCACUGCAGGCCAUCUUCUUCGUCUGCUCUGGGUCCAUGGAAGUGCUGAAAGACGGCAUGGUGUUAGCCAUCCUGGGUAAAGGUGACCUGAUCGGAGCAAACCUGUCCUUAGACAACCGGGUGAUAAAAACCAACGCGGAUGUGAAAGCGCUGACCUACUGUGACCUGCAGUGUGUCAACCUGAAAGGGCUCUACGAGGUGUUGGACCUCUACCCUGAGUACUCUCAAAACUUCGUCCAGGACAUCCAGCAGGACCUCACAUACAACCUGAGGGAGGGACAUGAGACGCAUGCAGUAGUGAGGAGGAAUGGGCGGGUGGUUCAGGGUCAGCUGCCUCUGAUUGAGACACAGGAUGAACAAGAGGGCCGCGCGGUGGAAGAGGAGCAUGUGGCCGUGACCAUGGUGUCGGAUCAGAACCGAACAGCGGACCUGAGGGACGCCGGUGGGAAAUCUCCAACGUGCCAGCCGAGCCACAAGACCACAACACAAAACUCCAGCAGGUCUCAGAGGAAGGGUCAGGAAAUCGGCCUGACCACUUUGGACCCUUUAAACCUGAGCCCCAGGAUAGUGGAUGGUACUGAAGACAGUGACAGGACAGAAAGCUCGCUGACCUUUUCCUAUUCUACCAGCCGAGGGUGUCCUGUCAGCGCACCGACCAGUUCCUCAGCAUCCACCACAGAUAUGCUGCACAUCAGCACAGCGGAGUUAGCAGCUAAAGCAGAGGAGACCAGGGGACAACUGAGACACCUUGACCAGCAGGUGAGCAUCCUCCGGAGGGAAGUGGCCGACCUCGGGCAGAUCAUGAACAGGAUGGCCCAGUUCAUGGAGAACCUCGUGCCGUCCGUUCCACAAACUGCAGUAGUCUGUCCCGUGCACUAUUCCCCGGCCCACCACACGUACCUGCACCGCCCCGCGUCCCCUCAGUCCUACCCUUUACCCUCGCACUCUAAGGCCGCCUCCACCUGGACGCAGGUGCCACCCUCCUCCGUCACAAUCUCCCAGGAACACGUGGCAGGAUGCAACACGGACUCCCUGCCUAACAGGCCACAGAACAUCCAGUCGGGAUGUCCCUCCAUCUCCAGCUCGACUCCCCCCUCAGUUCCCGACACAACCACCAUUCAGCCCCUCAUCUCGCCAGAUGUCUCACCCGAAAGCGAUGGGGCUUCGAGUCCCUUGAGGCCAGGGGUGCCCCAUUCACCUGCGCGGGACGGAGGUGAGGAACAGCCUCGUCAGAGCUCCGUUUGCUCUCCCCAAACCGGACACGAGAGAUUCAACCCCAACGAAAGCCAGGGUUUGUAG